AGGAAAAGCGAGGGAGAGAGAGACCGGAGCAAGAGUUGGACAACCAUGCCUUUUAUAUUUACUAGCGACUGAGGGGGAAGAGAGAGACAACCGGUGUGCGCAGCUUUCCCAAGAGGAAAUUAAAAGAAAGAAGCUCAGCGAAGAGUGAGAGAGAGAGAGGAGGAGUGAGAGAGAGAGAGAGAGAGAGAGAGAGAGAGAGAGAGAGAGAGAGAGAGAGAGAGAGAGAGAGAGAGAGAGAGAGAGAGAGAGAGAGAGAGAGAGAGGAGGAGUGAGAGCCAGAGGGAGCAUGCCGGCAAGAGAGCGAGGGAGAGAGAAUCUCACGCUGGCUGUCUCCUAAUCCUAGUCCAUCUCUAAGAAGUGGCAGAGGGAGCAGAGUGUUAGUGAAGUGAUCCUGAGCCAGCAUAGCCUCUCUUCUCCACCAGCUAGCACCACUUGCGUACUCACACACACACACACACACACACACACACACACACACUCACUUGCAAAGGAUUCUGCGGUGGGUCCGCCUGCCUGCGUGUCCAGGUCUUUUGUGAGCGUGAGGGUAUUGCCUCCAGUUGGUCCAGCCUCUCAGCCCAGCCCACCCCCAGUGCGUUUGAGAGCAGGGGACCCCAGCCGGGCCAUUUUGGGGGGCACAGGAGUCUGAAGGAUAGAGGACGAAGAGGAAAAAGUACGUCCACUCAGAGAAGGGGAGUCAACGCUGGAAAUGCCCAUCAGGGGGUCUGAGCCUGUCACAGACUCGGCCAAUCGCAGCCUCCGUUAGAGGUGGCGGCUGCAUGUGAUUGGAGGAUGGCGACCAUGCCGUUCGUCAGCGAGGGAAAGUGUGUGAGCGUGGAGUGGGACUUCCUACAGGGACUACUGGCCAAACCCCCCACCCUGCCCUGUUUGCAGAACCUGCGGAAGGAGAAGUCUCGUAAUGCCGCUCGUUCCCGUCGCGGCAAGGAGAACUUUGUUUUUGAGCUGGCCAAGAUGCUCCCUCUCCCCGGGGCCAUCACCAGCCAGCUGGACAAGGCCUCGGUCAUCCGCCUCACCAUCAGCUACUUGCACAUGUGCACCUUCGCCAGCCAAGGAGACCCGCCCUGGUGCCCCCUGCUGGAGGGAGAGAACCACUGCAGCAAAGUGCGACGCUCCUCCCACUCUCUGGCUACUGACAUGUUUGAACAGCACCUGGGAGCACACCUGUUACAGUCUCUGGACGGCUUUGUGUUUGUGGUAAGCUCGGAGGGACGAUUCCUCUACAUAUCAGAGACUGUUUCCAUCUACCUGGGCCUCUCACAGGUGGAGUUGAUGGGCAGCAGUGUGUUUGACUACAUCCACCCAGCGGACCAUGUGGAGAUGGCAGAGCGUCUGGGCAUCAGGCCCCACCUGAGGGCCGAGGCUGGCUGCCACGUGGCCCCCGAGAGCGCUUCCAGCUCUGCCUCCACAUCCUCACUGGCCGGAACCCCCGAGCCUGCCCCCUCAAGCCCUCUCUCUCCAGGGAACGAACCGCCUGACCGAGGCUUCUUCAUCCGUAUGAAGUCCACCCUCACCAAGAGAGGCCUCCACGUCAAGUCCUCGGGCUACAAGGUGAUCCAUGUGACCGGGCGAAUCCGCUGUCGCCCUGCCAUGGUGCCAGGCUCCGCCCGCUCAGUGCGUCGGCCAAUGGGCUUGGUGGCCCUUGCGCACACGCUCCCUCCCUCCACGCUGAACGAGGUGCGCAUGGAAAGCCAAAUGUUUGUCUUCCGGGUCAACAUGGACCUGCAGGUCACCUACUGCGAGAACAGGAUCUCAGAGUACAUGGACCUGAGCCCGGCAGAGGUGGUGGGACACACCUGCUACCACUUCAUCCACGUGGAAGACCUGGAUAACAUCAGACAGAGCCAUGAGGACUUGUUGAGGAAGGGUCAGGUGGUGACCGGGUACUACCGUUGGCUCCAGAGGAGAGGAGGUUAUCUGUGGGUCCAGUCCUGUGCCACCGUCUCCAUCAACCACAAAGCCCCCCACGAACGCAACGUCAUCUGGGUCAACUACAUCAUCAGUCGAACAGAGCUCCCAGACACUCCCCUGGAUCUGCUGCAGCUCCCAGAGAGUCUGAGGGCGGAGCGUCUGAAAGCCAGCUCCUCCCCUUCGGAACUCACGCCACAAGCCCGGGGUCCACAGCCAAUGAAAAGCUCUGUGUGUAAAGGUGACCCUGACUCUAAACUGAGAGAGAUCUAUAAUCCCGGAGUCCAAUCAGGGGACAGGAGGAAGCGUCCGCUGCGGUCUGACUCUGAAGGCGCUCCCCCAGAAACACGGCGUCGCCUGGAAGAGUUCCGCCAGAGAGAGGGGAGUGUGUCCGCCGCCUCAGACCUGGGCAGUGAGAGCGAGGGAGAGGAGAGAGCGUGGGAGCAGGGGGGAGACAGCGCGAGGGUCAAACGAGAGGAGGGGCCUUCGAAACGAGGUGGGGAGACCCCAGUGAGGGGCGGCGGCGUGCACAACGGUCGUGCGGUAAUCCAGCACCUGAAGAGUGUAGUGUCCUCGCCUCUCUCUGGUCCCCACAACAUCAAGACUGAACAUGAGGCACUGGCUGCAGGGGGUCGCUGGACACACACACACACCUCCUCACACACACAACCCCCACCCUCGCACACACACACACCUUGCGGCAGCCUGAACGGCGACAGUCCCCCGACCCCUAUCCCGGACUCCUCCUCCAGCAGUGAAGCCCCACCCAAAGGUAUUUUCACCCCGCCCUCCCCCGCCAUGUCUCCUCCCAUGUCCGGCUCCUCCCCUCUACCCUGUGAGGAGCGGGGAAUGUUGUCUGGACAGGGGGGGGGCGGGCCGGACUUUGAGCUGUUGCAGAGACUGGCAGCGGGGGGUGCUGCAGGACGGGUGCUGUUCCACCCCCUGACCCUCGGCCCCCAGGGGCCACAGAGCCUGUACGCCCCCAGUACCAUCCGCUAUGCGCCCCCAGAGCUUCCCCCCUCCCACCCCGGUGCUGAGGGGCUGCGCGCCGACCACCACAAGGGCCCCCCAGCCUUCUUCCCCCACCUCCAGAGGCUGGCCGGCCUGCCCUCCUUCAGUGGGUUCUCCGUCUCGGACAAUCCCUUCAACCCCUUCUGUAUGAACGGACUGAGGGGGGCCGCAGGCUCCGAGGAGGACUGAAAGAGAGGAGGGGCUAGAGAGAGAGACAUGGGCGGCAGGACACUGGGACAUAUGGGGUUGGGAAACUGAAGAAAGGACCAUUUGCACUGCUUCCGUUGGGGAGUCAGACGGUGUCCGACGCAGGUGACAGGAUAGGUGACACUCAAAGUGAACUUUGACACUUGACUUUGCCCCACUAGCUGUCCAAGCUUUGUCCCCCUCUCUGCUCUACCACAUCCUCUCUUCGCUGCUGUUAAAUGACUGUGCAGUGUUCCAUGUCUAAAGCCAUAUUGUACAUAGAGACAGGGCCAUGACAUACCUUCACUACUCCUUCCUCAGUAUUAUAACAACUGCUCCUGAGUCUGUCAGACUGACUUCUGUGUGACUGAAGGAGAAAGAAGAAAAAGGGGGGAAAAUGGAUGACAUUUUUUUCACUUGUUUGUGUGAAAUACUGAAUCGUCUCUUAAACAGAGUUAGAAACUAUACUCUGACACAAUAGUGGAAAUAUCGAGGUCUGAGCCGAUCUCACGGACGCCCAAAAUAAUAUUCGAACACAUCUCGGGUACUCCUUCCUUCCAUAAAGGGAACCCCGCUGAAGAGGGUUUGUAACACUGAAAGCACAGAGGAGUGAGAGAGUCCCAGAUGACAUUCCAUUCCACUCUGAGACUGUUCUGUCUGGGGAAGAAAGGUAUGGGAGGGGGAACGUACAAUACCUCUACUGGCUGGUCACUUUGUAAUGUUUUCAUUCUUGUAAAAACUGGAAAAAUGGUCCUACAGAAUGAAGUGGUGUUAAAGACGCUGGGCUGUGCUGUGUAUGAGAUGAAAGCCAUAGUUCUAUUAUAUUGUCAUGCUGUUGUCAUAGGGUGAAGUGGGAGAGGUGUAAAAACGAUUGUCUUGCUAGAGGACAUACUUUUGGGAAAUGCCACAGUUUAAUUCAGAAACCCUCAACAAAUGUAUUAGAAAUAAAGGGUUUAGGGAGGGGUGGGGUGGGGGUGGAUCUUAUUUUUCCUCUCAAUAUUUGUCCCGAGCACUUACUGACACUUGUUGUGAACACAUAGCACUUCAUCUUUGAAUUUCCUUGUGUGUAUUAAGGAUUAAAUACAAGAGUGGUCAAGAUGAAUGACCACAAACGGCCCACAAAAUGUAGGGUAAUUUAAAGGAAGACCACGGGACUUUAAUACAUGGUCAUUAAACGUGUGGUCGUUCAAAUAUGACCGUGUGGAUUUAGUGCAGUUGGUGGUCAAUAAAAAAAGAAUCAACUUUUUGUUCUCAAAGUGGAACAUCCAUAUUAGGUCGUUAGAGGUGGGUUGGAAAACAGGGGUCAAAUAUUCAUAUAUUAAAUCAUAUCAAAUAUAUUAAUUUUUUAUACUCAUCACCAGAUUUUCCAUACAAAAUAUUGUGAGGUCAUAAAAGAAAGACAUCCCAAACUGAUAUUAAAGAGAGAUUAAAAUGCCCCGAUCGUAAAUCGCUAUCCUGGUCAAAAAAUGAAGUGUUGCUGAUGGACUGGGUUGGAUGUCGGCUGGACAAGACCGUAUCUGGCAUACAGGGGGUGGCUCUACCUCAAUAAGACCAGAUAAAAACCUGAAGCAUUACUGUGACUCUAACCUGUUUCUGUUCAAAUAUCUGUGAAUAUACCAUCCACUUCUGAUCUUCCAAUUAAAAUGAACCAAUGUAUAAAAACUAUCAUACUGAUGACGAUAAUCAAAUAUUUCAUUAGAGGAGCACAAGAAACAUUUCUGAUAUCCUUGUUCCGGUGUCUGCCUGGCUGUCGAUACGAGUGGGCCGAGGUACUGCCUGGCUGUCGAUACGAGUGGGCCGAGGUACUGCCUGGCUGUCGAUACGAGUGGGCCGAGG